AUGGCUACCCCCAUUUCCUGGGCCCAGGAGAUCAUUACUUGUGACCUUUGUGACAACUCCACCCAGCAGUUUUGUAACAGAUGUCAAGUCAGUUUAUGUGGGGACUGUGUCAGUAAACAUGUUGACAAACACCUGUCUCUCGAACAUCACAUCGUUCCUUUCAAGAAUAGAAAGAUACAGCCGGUAUUUCCUGAGUGUGAAUUCCAUCCCAAUCAGAGAUGUGAGGCCUAUUGCCAUAAGUGUGAUGUUCCAGUGUGCAUAAAAUGUGUCAUCACCUCUCAUAAUGGACAUAGCGUGAGAGACAUGCCAAAUAUCUUCAAUGACAAGAAAAAGGAAAUCCAACAGGAAACUCAGGAAAUUGAAACCAGUGUUAUUCCUAAUUAUAAGAAGAAAAACGAAGAGAGAGAAAGUGAUAUAACUUUAAGUAUGGAAAAAUAUAUUGAGCUUGAAAAAGAAACAGAGAAACAUAGAACAAUUUGGCAUCAAGAAGUAGACAGCAUCUUCAAUAAACUCAGAUCUUUGAUCAUAUCCAUGAGAGAUAACCACCUGGCAGUACUGAAAUCACACCAAUCCAAACUCAGGAACAUGAUUCCGGAAAUCCUCCAAACACUUCAACAAAACAAAGAGAUAAUGAAGUCUAACAAAGUCUCUGAAGUCACUAACCACAAAUCAAAGCUAACAGAAUACAAGAACAAUCUCUCAGAUACUGAUGUUUUAAUACCAUCAUUGAAAAGCAAAACAGUCCAAGGGAGAGAAUUCAGUAUAGAGCUAGGAGAAUGCAAGGCUACUCUAACACAGUUAUCGCUAUCCAGUCUGAAAGAAAAAGUAUCAUAUUUUUCAACUAGAGAGUUAUUAGACAGAGCCAGAGUGAUUGCCACAAUUCCGACUCGAGUCAAACCUCUUCACAGAGUAGCGUCCGUCGGAACAGAUAAAGCCUGGGUUAGUGGUUUAGAUAGAAUCAUAAAAUGUUUUGACAUAUAUGGAUCUGUACAUGAAAAUGUUGUCCUCUCACAGCAAAUCCAUCCAAAUGAUAUAUCAGUAACUAUACAGGGAGAAUUGGUAUACAGUAAUUCCGAAAAUAGAACAGUUAACAUUGUCAGGCACGGGAGGACAGAGAUAUUGAUCAAAACACCACAAGAAUGGACUCCAGAAGGACUGAACUGUACUAAUUCAGGGAAAAUACUUGUCACUCUGUAUAAUGGACAACAAAGAAAGAUUUCCUGCUAUCAGGAACAAAUUGUUAAGCAGGAAAUAUUUAGCGACGAAAAUGGAAAAGCAAUUUUUGCAAAUGGAAAAUUGAUGCCUUUCGUUGCAGAAAACAACAAUGGAGAUAUUUGCGUUUCUGAUAUCAAUGCUAAGACCGUUGUGGUAGUGGACAAUACAGGAAAAGUUAGAUUCCGAUACAAUGGUAGACCAGCCAGAAGAAAAAAAGGAUUUGCUCCUAGAAAAAUUGUGACAGACUCCAUGAGUCAGAUCAUUGUGGCAGAUUACAGCAAUGAAUGUCUACACAUUCUUGACCAGGACGGACAGUUUUUGAACUGUGUGGAUAGGUGCGGAAUACCUAAGCCCUGUGGACUGAGUGUUGAUAGAGAGGGGAGGCUGUGGGUGGGACUAUUAGAAAAAGGAGAAUUGAAGGUGAUCCAGUACAUGAGAUAG